GGCAGCGGGGAUCUCAGAUCAGUGUGUCUUUGCCGUUUUGGCACAGUUAACAAUGCGUUUCAGUAUUAAACUGACGUGGGAUCAGCCUGAGUGUGUCUCAGGCUGAAGGGAGGGGAUGUUGUCACCUGUUUGACUCACAGACACAGCCAGAGAAUCAGCUACAGUCCCCAAUGUCUGCAGGAGGACGUGAUUCUGCCACCCGCUUCGACCGGGUGCGGGAGAUGCCCCUCUACGACGAGGUCCCCGUGGGUUCUUUAUGGCGGGACCAGGAUCCUCCACGGCCCAUGGGUGCGCUACAUGGAACAGACCUGGCGGUUAGCUCAGACCCCCUGCCCCCUCCUCCUCUCCCUGAACAGCCUGCUGUGGGGCCUGACUUCUUCUACCCGCCCAGCGAUGAGGAGCAGCUCGACGCCGACCGCGACGCCAUGGACAUCAAGCCCGUCCACCGCUUCAUCCCGGACUCCGUCAAGAACUUCUUCCGCAGAAACAGCAGCAACCGUGGCAGCAAGGGCUGGUCCCUCCCGCCGCCUCCACCCCCGCCACCACCCCCUGACUCACCCACCCCCUCAUCCAAAACCAACAACCACACAACAGCAGGGGUACCCUGUUCGCCUCCUCACUCUCCCCCGCCGUCCCCUUCCGUGCCUGGCUCCUACCUUGACCCCUACGGUGGCUCUGGUGGCAGCUACAACUCUCAGAAGGAGCGCGAUGGGCUGCUGCUCGGCGCCGAAGCCCUUGAUUCGGCGUCUGCGGUGCCCACCAACCUAUCAGCCCGGACCUACCAGGAGCGGGUGGAGGAGUACCACCAGCGCUACGCCUACAUGAAGUCCUGGGCUGGUCUGCUGAGGAUCCUGGGUUGCGUGGAGCUGCUUCUGGGAGCUGCAGUGUUUGCCUGCGUUUGCGCAUAUGUGCACAAGGACAACGAAUGGUUCAACAUGUUUGGGUACUCCCAGCCACAGCUUUACGGUGGGCUAGGCGGUGGGGCGGCAGCGUAUGGAUACGGAGGAUCUCCCUACACGGGCCCCAAGACGACUUUUGUGCUGGUGGUGGUUGGUCUUGCAUUGACGGUGACCGUAAUGAUUUUAGUUCUUGGGAUGACCAUGUGGUACCGCACCAUCCUGCUAGACUCCUCCUGGUGGCCCCUCACAGAGUUUACGAUAAACCUUGCCCUGGCAGUGCUGUACUUAGCAGCGGGGAUAAUGUAUGUGAGAGACACCACCCGUGGGGGGAUGUGCAGCAACCCGGUGUUCAAUAACGGCGUCUACGGGGCGUUCUGCCGCACCGAGCCGGGCCAGACGGCAGCCAUCAUCUUCCUCUUCCUCACCUUGAUUAUUUACCUGAUUGGUGCAGGGGUGUGUCUGAAGUUGUGGAGGCAUGAAGCAGCGAGGCUCAGGAGGGAAGCGCUUGAACAGGAGAUGAAAACUAUUGGAUCAUCAGUACCUCUGUCCGUGCUGGGUUCAAGCUCCAGGACCUCGGAGCAGACGCCUCUACCGACCAUCAAGCCAGACAUUAUGGACGGCCAGGCCAACUCUCCAGCCUAUCCCCUAAUGACAGUAGAGCCAGAGAUCCUCAGAGGCCAUAUACCAGCUGGACACAUCCCCAAACCUGUCGUCAUCGCUGAUUAUGUGGCGAAGUACCCUACCAUCCGGUCAGAGGAGGAAAGGGAGCAGUACAAGGCUGUGUUCAAUGACCAGUAUGCUGAGUACAAAGAGCUGCAUGCUGAGGUCCAGGCAUUGGCCAAGAAGUUUGAGGAGAUGGAUGAGAUGAUGCGUAACCUGCCCCCCCGCCCUUCUAGUCAAUUGGAGAAGGAGCGGAUCAGUAGCAUUUUGCAGGAGUAUCAGAGGAAGAAAGCUGAUCCAACAUAUGUGGAAAAAAGGGAGAGGUGUGAGUACCUGAAGAACAAACUUUCUCAUAUCAAGCAGAAGAUCCAAGAAUACAACAAGGUCAUGGACUGGAAUGAUGGCUUCAACAACUAAACACUGCCCUGAACACAUUCUGCCCUUAUUUACACCACUGGUAUCAGUAUCUGGAUAGUGAAAAACACAAAUGCAGUGUUAAUUCAUACAGCAAGCAUUGCAGUGAGAAUUUAAUGGGAAUGUGAUUACUAUGUUUAGAAACAACAUCACAUCAUUGUAGGUGAACACUGCCAUUGUGGAAAGAAACCCAUCAUUGCAGGUAGAUAUACCAGCCAUGAGAAAUGAAUUUUACCAGAAUCUAUACAAAACAGAAACCACAGCUAGGAAUCAUUGUGGUACGAAGAGACAUUAUCACUUUUUCUUGUUACAUGUAUAGAAACGUCAUGGCCAUGGGUAGAACAGGGCAUGCGUGUGUAGAAGCAUCAACGCCAUAGUAGGUAGAGACAUUGUCGGUGUAGGUAGGAACAUCAUUCAUCAUUUAUUCAUUCGUCAGAAACUUUAUCGUUGUGGUAAGAAACGCCAUCACCAUGGAUAGAAGCAUCAUCACCACGGUUAGAAACGCCAUCACCAUGGAUAGAAGCAUCAUCACCACGGUUAGAAACGCCAUCACCAUUGGUAGAAGCGUCAUCACUAGGGGUCGAGACGUCGUGGCCAUGGUUAGAAACAUUGUCAUUGUGGGUAGAAAUGUCAUGGCCAUGGGUAUAGAAGUGUCAUGACCAUCGGUAGAAGCAUCAUCAAAAGGGGUAGACGUCGUCACCAUGGUUAUAAACAUUGUCAUUGUGGGUAGAAGCAUCAUGACCAUGAGUAGGAGCGUUAUCACCUUGGGUAGCAACAUCGUCAGUGUUGGUAGAAGCAUCAUUUCCACGGGUAGAAGCAUCAUUGCCAUGGGUAGAAAUGUUACCACCAUGGCUAGAAACAUUGCAGAAUGGGUGGAAAUGCCAUCCCCGUGGAUGGAAGAGUCAUUGCUAUGGGUAGAAAUGCCAUCAGCAUGGGUAGAAACACUGCAAAAGUCAUCAUUGCAAAUAGAAAUAUUAAAACAUCAUCACUCCAGGUAAAACCAACUGACUAGACACUGUCUGACUUGCACAGAAAAAAACAAACAAUCUGCAAAAUGCAAAUGAUUUUAGCUCCUGCUUGCCCUUACCAUGUAAUGUGAUGAAUUUCUAUGAGCAGCUCACAUCUUAGCAGACAACCAUUACUCUAGAUGUUCAAAGCUGGUCUGAGUUUGGUUUUGGGGUCAGUUAGGAUUUACUUCCAUGUAUGUGCCAUGUAUGGAUUUUUUUUAUAUUGUUCAGCUACUUGGCAUACUGCUUGACAGAGGUGAUGAUUUUUAGAAUUUUGAUCAAUUAAAUUUUAUAAUUUAAUUACUUUAGUUCUUUAGCCAUCAUUAAGACGGAGUUUAUAUGAAGUUUCACUGAAAGACCUCUAGAGUAGAACACAUUCACCAUAAUAUUCACCAUAACAUUUAAAUUAGAAUUCAGUUUGAUAUCACAGAUGGUGUUAAUGUUCAUCAGUAGUCACUCUGUUUGAAGGUCUUUUAUACAGUAUAUGUAUGUAAAUAUAUAUAUUUUCAUGUUCAUAUUUUUUUCUUUUUUAUUAUGUGUGUGAAUUCAUUGAAUUUGCCUUUGCUGUACAAUAUUGAAACGUUUUUUGGAUACUUUUGUUUUGCCUUUUUGUCGCCAACAUAAAUUUUCAACUACAAAUUUA